AAAAAAAAAAAAAAAAAAAAAACCUCGUCGGCUUGCUUUACUCCUCCCUGCAUCUCCUCACCUUCCCCGGCGCGCCGUCGUUUGCCAGUUCACCGCCGCCGACGCCGACGCCGACAGCCAUCUUCGGGAGUCUAGGUCACGCGCUUAAUGCCGCCGCUGCGUCGAUUCUGUCAGUUCUUGCCGCGGUCCACGCCGUCGAUGGCUCGCCAUGUUCCGACGCCGACGACGGCGUCGACGUGCACCCCGGAGACGGCGGAAGGCAGGCACUUGUUUGAGGUCACUGGUUACAGCAAGCACAGGGGGAUGGGCCACGACAAGUUCAUCAGGUCCGGCAACUUCUCCGUCGGAGGCCACCAGUGGUCCAUCCGCUUCUACCCGGAUGGGUUCGUCAAAGGCAAAGAUUACAUCUCAGUUUAUCUCGAGCUCAUGGGAGGCUCCAAGGUAAGGGCAUCCUGUGACCUGAAGCUGGUCGACCUGACAACAGGGUUGUCGGCUUCAGUGCAUAGGACAGAGCCUAGAAUGUUUAACUCCGGUGAUGUCAGUAGGUAUGCUCCUCAGAAUAGCUCGUUCAUGGAACGAAGCGGAUUUGAGGCAUCGGUGUACCUUCGAGAUGAUCGCCUUGUGAUAGAAUGCAUUGUCACUGUUAUGGCAGAACCUAAGGUAUCUGCAACCAAAUUGCGCGCAAAAAUUGAGAUGCCCCCAUCAGACAUUGGAAAUCAUCUUGGCAAGUUGUUGGAAGAAGAGGUGGGUGCAGAUGUCACAUUCAGUGUUGGAGGAGAAACUUUUACAGCACAUAAGCUUGUGCUCGCGAUGCGGUCGCCGGUUUUCAAAGCUGAGUUCUAUGGUCCGAUGAGGGAGAGGAGCACGCAGAUUGUGACCAUUGAAGACAUACAACCUGCUGUGUUUAGGGUCCUGCUUCAGUUUAUCUAUACCGAUUCUUUGCCUGACAUGGAGGAUCUUGUGGAAGAUGUCGACUGUGAAAUGAUCCGGCAUUUACUUGUGGCUGCUGAUAGAUAUGCUUUGGAUAGGCUAAAGUUGAUUUGUCAAAGCAUCCUUGCCGAGAAUCUUAAUGUGAUGACUGUGGCAACUACAUUGUCUUUGGCUUAUCAGCAUAACUGCAGCAUGCUUCAGGAUGUUUGCCUUGAAUAUAUGACCAGUUCAAAUGUGAUGGAUGCAGUGGUGGCAACUGAAGGUUAUAAGUAUCUCAAGACAACCUGCCCUUAUGCACUAGCAGAUGCAUUUGAGAAGACGAUGAAAUUGGUUCUACAAUGCCGGUGAGACCAGGAGUUGACACGAGGUUGUGAGUUUCAUAUUGGGCGGAUGAGCUAGCAAUACAGUGAGGAUGCAGCUGCUUACUCCUUACCUGCUUCAGAAAUACUUGUGACUCAAGUAUUUUCGUUUUGUUGACCUGACUCAAGUGAGACCUAUGUGUCACAAGGUACUUGUGACUAUUUAUGCUGCUGAUUUUUGUGUUAGAGUAUUUACUGUUCAGUAGAACCCCUCAAACUGAGAUGCAUUAGACAACGCUCCUGUUCAAUAAAACCUCCACUCUAUACGCUUUAUCAGUAUUUUCUGUUGUGCUGGUGUCA